UAAUGUUUAGCAGUUAAACUCCGAAUGGAUUUAUUCCAAAUGCUCAAUCCAGAUAUGUGAUAUCUCCAAGAAUAGGAUAAUCUAUGUAAGUUAAUCAGAAUUUACAAUAUAAUAAUUAACUACUAGAAUAAGAGAAUACUAAUUCAAAUUCAUCAGAACAUUUGCACCAUUUAACAAAGCUUUAUUUUAUGAUGCUUCUAUGCUACUUUAUUGCAUUGUUUAAUUUAGUAGAAUAUUUAUACUAAUUAGAUUGAAUUUGAAUCGAUGAAUGUAUUCUUUAAUAAAAAUGGAUAUUUUCUUUAUUUGUUUUUAGGAGCACUUUUAUUAAUAUCAAUGUUAUCUCUUAGUAUAGAUAAUUCAUUGCUCUAUCUAAUAUUUGUAAUUCUAUUCUACUUUUUAUUUGCUUGCAUAAAAGCUGUGAAUAAUAUGAAUGUAGCAUUAAUGAUGAUUUUCACCUAUGGAGGACAAGUAUUUGCAUAAUUUUUAAGUGUCUUAUCUGUUGAUAAUGAGAAAGAUUUGCAAUUACAUUAAUAAUCAUUAUAUAUUUUGACAAGUGGUUUGAUAGUAUUUUAAUUGUUCAUAACUUGUUUUGAUAUAGAUUUCUUUGAAAUGAUUAUUAUUCUCAUCACUGGAUUUGUAUUUGGGUAUAUUAUAAUUAUUAUUAUUUAGAUUCUUUUUGGUUAUUUCAACUAUGAGUAAUGAAUCAAAAUUUAUUGGUAAUGCUUUACCUGAAAGUGUUAGUAUCUAUACUAAAAUUUUAGUAUAGAUUCUAAAGAAAGCAUAACAAAUAGCUUCUCUUUAUUAUAAAGAUCCUGUUGAGAUAGAAAUUAAAUUAAUUGAAAGAAAUAAGAAAAUUGAUGAAAAUGAUUAUAAAAUAAUGAAUCAAAUUGAUGCCAAAAAUUGUUAACAUUUAUUAAUAAAUGAAUUAAAUGGAUUAGAUGGAUUAAUAGGAUUGAGUGAUGGAACCUUUAUUUAUAAAAAAGGAAUGAUUUAAUAUUCAAAUUCAAAAUUUGAAGAAUGUACAAAUGUGGCAAUAAUGAAAUUAUAAUGA